ACGGGCUUAACGGACGCACGCGCUCUACUCUCACUGCUAUCGUUACUGCAACGGGGGUAUCGGCAGCUCAGACUGGCCGGUGCUUCGGGUACUUAACAGCGGUGCCCAGCGCUCGCAAAACAGCCCAUCCAUUCCAUUCCUCAUCCUCUCUUUCCUUUCCGGCGCGUCUAGACGACCGCACCCACACUCGUUUCCGCCUCUUACAUUUGAAGCUGGUCUUCCAACAUGCUCGCGGCUACGAUUACGGCGGCUGUGCUCGCCACCUUGGCUAAUGCCCACAACUCGCCCCACCACCCGGCCAUGUUCGGCUUCGACUACCCCAAACAGUCGGAGUGGCCGUAUGGUGGAGAGUCGGGUGCCAACCCGCCCGGCUGCGUCUGGGACUCAGCGCGCGCCAAAUGGCCCAUCCGCGAAGACGAACGCCGCUCUGAGUCGUUUUGGCUCAGCAACGGUCUGCGUGACUACCCACCCCCCGCCGGGGUUUUCCUCGAGGUUGAGAGCGGCGGCUCUCUGACUCUUGACCUGAACGAGAACCGAGCCUACACGCGCUGGCGCUGGCCGGAGAGCAGAAAUCCCAACGCCAAGUGGGCCGGUCAGACCGAGGGGACGCUGCACACGGUCAACAACUUUGACCAGCCGGCCAACAUUACCCUGUUUGGCGGCACGGCGCUCGCCAUCGCUUACACGUCCGACGAGAAGGCCGUGCGCGGCGCCGACCUCACCGUCAUCUCGACCGACUGGGCGUCCCCGUGGCUCGCCCUCGCGUCCUACCCCCUGCCGAGCGGCCUCCCGCCCUGCCCGCCCGGUGGAUGCCUGUGUACCUGGAACUGGCUGCACACGGCCGGCAACGAGCGGCACAACCCGAACCCUGGCGCCGGCCGCCCCAAAGGCGAGGGCUACGGCGACGAGCUGUACAAUAACCUUUUCCGCUGCCUCGUCACCGGCGCCUCGAACCCCAAUAACAUUGUGCCCAAGGGCGCGGUGCCGACGCAGUGCGACGGCGAGGGCGAGACUGGCGGCAGCCGCAGCAACUGCACUACAGGCCCCAAGACGCCCAUCAUCGCUUGGAUGGCCGACGGCAACAACGUCUUCCCGCCCAAGGACAAACAUGCUCGCGCGAAGUGGCGCAAGCCCUCGUACACCUGGCGCUACGGGUUUUCGGACGGCGCACAGCAAGACGCCGUCGUGCCCAGGGGCCAGGAGGCGACCGCAAACGGUGUUGGCACCGUCAGCGACAAGCCUCGCCCCAACCCCUUUGAGCCAGGCAAGGGCGGCCUGGCUGUUGUGAAUGCUCGAGGCGAGGCUCUCUGGCCCGGUGCGCUCCACGCCGGCACUAUCGUCGACCUGAAGCGUAACGGUCACGCGAUCGGUUCCGCCAACGCUACCGCCGGGGGCUCAGUUGGUGAUGCCAAGCCCUCCAGCGGCGUCAAAGUGCAGUCAAACGUGGCAGUAGAUGGCGCAGGGUCAAACUCCACCGCCCCAGGUAUGAGUAACGUUCACAUUGUCGGCGAUGAGAUCAUUACCUCUGCUGCUUCCGUAUCGGCGGCCGCUGCUUCGAGCUCAACUGCUCAUUUCGGCUCCGCCGCCAGUCCUUCGGGAUCAGUCGCUGCUGCCUCCGCGUCCGCUGUUGCUGCCUCGGGAUCGGUCGCUGCCCUUUCGAGCUCUACCACUCCUUUGUUUGCCUCUGGCCCGGCCGCCUCUUUCGCAACCCCUGCGGCUGUCAACACCAGUGCCUCGAACUCUGGCUCAACCCCGGCAGCUUCCAGCCUCACCGUCUACGUCGCAGGUACCAACUCAAUCACCCUCUCUGCCUAUGCGACAGCCAGCGCCAGCCCCACUGGUGCCAACACCACUGGCGCCGCCGUCUCGAUUGACUCGAAUACCCUUAAGCCGAGCGGCAAGACCAAGUGUCUGCGCCGCCGCAAGCGCCGUCUGGCGUCCCACUAAUCUCCCA